UUUGAAAGAGAUUACUUAAACAGCAUUCAGUCAUGUAUAAUACGUGACUGGUAACAACACUGCAACAGUAAGUCAGGUUAUGUAAAAUCAUUGCACUGAUAAGAGUCCUGUGUUCAUUGUCUACUAUAGAUUCUUGUUUAAUUUCAGAUCUCUAAAUUUACCUGGCUAUUUGUUUGAAAAUUCAAAGUGAAACAAGCCAAACAGUCACAGUCAUAAAAAGAAAACAUGAUAAAGCUAUGUCAUAUACUGUGCAAGCAGGCAGACAACAAGUCUCUUGCUGAACAAAAUACUGUGAUAUUUGGUAGGCUAAUCUAAACACACUUGUAGCAGUCAAGAACCAAGAAACCCCUCAUUUAAGUUUGUAGAUAAACAGAAAUUGUGAAUAUCAUGGACCACACCAAAUUCUGCUAGAAUCUCAUUAUUCAAAUUUCAGGUAAAUGCAAAAGCAAAGCAGCGAUGGGAGGACUUUGUCCCCUGUGGAGGCUCCUCCCUCAGUGUUUCAUCAGACCAGUGAGUUCUUUGUGUUGGAGCCUGCUAUGAGCUUUCUGAUUUAUGAUCAGGCAGAAGCAGAGUAACAGGCACCAUGCCUAUCCUGAGGGCUGCUGCAGGAACAGACAGGAGAACAAGAGAAGUGAAGACCCACUCAACUGUUAACAGACUUGAAACGAGACACAUGAUUCUUCUUUAAAAGGGAAUAAAUAUUUCAACCGUGGAAGACAAUUGAAAAGACUGGUAACUGGACUUAAAUGACCAAUACUGAACCUGAAGGAGAGCUUUUACAUAAGGAAAACUGAUGUAAAGAACUGUGGAUACCAAUACUGGCAAUUUGUGGAUCUGCUGUAUACUUUUUUUCGCAGUAUUUUAUAAGUGAAACAGAAGUUUUUCCAGCCUGUUGCACAUGGUUGUAUUGACAAGCUGGACUUGGACUAAGGAGGUCGUUUUCACUCUGUAAAUAUUCUUUACCACCCUGGUUUAAAGAUGUAUAAUAGCAACCUACAAGCGUAUAACUUCAGUGCACUGGGUGUCACUCCAGAUAACAGUAAAUGUGUUAAGAAUGAUGACUUUAAGUACCCUCUGUACAGCUCGGUUUUCAGCCUGGUGUUUGUGGUUGGACUUUUCUUCAACAUGGUGGCUGUGUAUAUUUUUUGGUGUACACUGAAACUGCGAAAUGAGACCACAACAUACAUGAUCAACCUUGUUGUUUCAGACUCUCUCUUUGUUCUCAGCUUGCCUUUUCGGAUUGUUUACUUCAUUAAACGUGAUUGGAUGUUUGGAAGUGUGCUCUGCAAGAUCUCUGUGGCCCUUUUCUACACCAACAUGUAUGGCAGCAUCCUCUUCCUCACGUGCAUCAGUGUUGACCGUUUCCUGGCCAUUGUGCACCCGUUCCGGUCCCAGACUAUUCGAACUAAGAGGAAUGCCAAAUUGGCCUGUUGUACAGUGUGGAUAAUGGUUCUCUCUGGAAGUAUACCCACAGGGUUUCUUUUGGACACCACUUCACCUAAAAAUGUAAACCACUCCUCAAACUUCUGCUUUGAAAACUACUCCAAAGGCCAGUGGAAGACUGAGCUGUCCAAGGUGGUGGUGUUUAUUGAGACCGUGGGCUUCAUCAUCCCGUUGAUGGUCAAUGUGUUUUGCUCGGUCAUGGUGCUUCGGACACUGAGGAAACCGCAAACCAUCAGCCGUGGAGGGAGCCUUAACAAGGCCAAAAUUUUGAGGAUGAUCCUCGUGCAUCUGUUCAUCUUCUGCUUCUGUUUCAUUCCCUACAAUGUCAACCUCAUGUUCUACUCCAUGGUCCGCUCUAACGUCCUGAAGGGAUGUUAUGCAGAACAUGUGGUCAGAACCAUCUACCCCAUCUCUUUGUGCAUAGCAGUGACCAAUUGCUGCUUUGAUCCAGUUAUUUACUACUUUACGUCGGAUACCAUUCAGAGCUCCAUCAGACACAAAUCCACAGUGUGGCAAAAUGGUGCCAAGCUGUUCGACAGACUACAGAUGGACAGCACACAAAGUAGUCCAAGGAGUCUGAGAACAAACAUGUUUAACAAUGAGUCGACAGUCUAAUGUCAACUCUAUUAUGUGACAUGACUGAUAAUUCAGUGAGCAUAACAACACAUAAACACAGUAGUUACUAAGGAGUCACUCAGUGUCUACUGGACACCACAGAGACUUUAGACUGAGACUUAUGACACAGAUUUCUAUUCAGUCAAUAAAAGAGUAAAGCCAGUCAAACAUCUGAAAACUGUAAAAGUGUGUGUCGCAGCAUAAAUACCUUUAUCAGGGUGACAAUUCACAACGCAGUUAGAAAACUCUUUAAUCUAUUAGCGAAUAAAUUAUGAGAUUAUAAUGUUCAUUAGUGGAAAUGACAGGAGUGUAAGCCACAGUCAGGUCCAUGGUGCUGAAAAUAACUUCAGCUUUUAUACAUAAGACAUUGUAAUUGUAGUGUUAUUCAUCAGUGUAAAUUCUUUGGAAAAAUUAGUCUUUGGCUAUGCUGAACCAGUAUUACAGCUUUUUAUGUAUUGUGCUGUAUAGUUUCUAUAUAUUUGUGGCCUCACUAAGGCUUUUAAGCACUUUCUAGAGCAACAUGUUCUAUAACAACAUUUACUCCUUACACUGAAAGCAAAUAAAAGAGUGUUUAACUUUUUGGAGUUUUAAAUUCACUACUUGUUUAAUAGAGUAGGGUGUUGUGAAAUGUUUGACAAUAUCAGGGUAUCAGGUACCCAUGUGUCUCUUAGGGUGCUACCAAAUGAUUUGUCUAGACUCAUUACUCAUUAGACAAGUACUAACAUCACAGCUACAGGUAUUGUUGUUGGCCAAUGCCAUGAAUGCACAAUGACUCAAUAAAUUCAAAUACAGAUUACAGGUGUGGUCAAUAAUUGACAGUUGUAUUUAACCAGGCAACACUGCAUUACCUUUGCCAAUGGCCUUAUCUAGAUACCUGGCCAUUUCUAUAGAAAAUCUGGGGAGAGUAAAAAUAUAAAUACAUAUCUAACAUGUAUUUCUGCAUAUACAACAAAAAUAAGUGGAAACAAAUUUCAAGGUGAGUUGCAACACAAGGAAUUUUCCAUCAACUCUCAACUCACAGAUUAGAUUUAAUUAAUUAAGUUUAAGAAGAAUUUGAUAGGAAUCAAGAAAAAAUGAGGCAUUUAAGCUAGACUAACUAAAUGUGAAAACACAGCUCACAGUGCAAAUGGAAUAUUAUGAAGCUUGAAUGUAUGUGAAAUAUUUGUUCCUUCUUGUAAAAGCUGUGUGCUGCAAGACCGAGCACUACUGCAUUCCCGCUGAGAGGCUUAGCCUGAGGAUCUGCACUGACAAGGGUAGCCUCAUCAUCACUAUGCACUGAUGAGAAAGAUUGUGAAACCAAAGCAGGCGAGCAGCAACGUGCCUUGUGAGGGAGAAGAACAUUUGAAAAUUAGAGCACAGAGGUGGUUGCUACAAUUCUAACCCAGACCCAGUGAAUAGUACAGAGCAUUAAUUUAAAAUUGCCAUACUCAGGAUAAAUAAAACAUUUAGCAAUUUCUAAACUCUUAUUUUGCCAUGUUUGGACUCCUUACACCACUACAUGUAAUACAAACAGGCUUAUCAGGAUGAAAAUUUACUUUGUCCACUGAGCACAAACAAAAUAUUUGAUUAAUGGUUUUGUGCAAAAAAGUCACUCUGACUCAAGAUGACAUGAUAAUCACACGGUCUUACAAUAUUUAAGAAUGUCACUUCAAUAAUAUGUUAAAUAACAAUAAUUAUAGUGAUGACUGGUCCAUUUAUUUUUUUACUGUUUUAAGCAGGUUUAUUGAAUAGUAAAAACACCACUUAAUUUUCAUCUGUAAUGGUAUUGUGUAACAUGAAGGCAGGAUUUAUUUUUUAUGCACGCAGGAGAAUAAAUCAUAACUAGUCAUUUUGCAGUCAA